AUGACUAAUAAUAUCGAAAUGCAGAAUACUGAAAAUACGAAUGAAUGGAUUAAUUGGAUUGAAGAAGCUAUUGAUAAAGAAUAUUUUAAAUGUUAUGAAUACAGACAUUUUAAUAAUAUUCAAGAAAUUGGCUCCGGUUCAUUCGGAAAAGUUUAUCGCGCAAAUUGGAAAAAUUCGGAACAGUGUAUAUCUUUGAAAUCUUUUUUUAAUCUUAACAACGUCACUGUAAAAGAAAUUGUACAUGAGCUUAAACUUCAAAAAGAAAUACAAUUUCAUGAUAAUAUUAUUAAGUAUUAUGGAAUUACAAAAUUUGAUACAGGCAUUCAAAAUGAUUUAUUAAAAAGAUAUUUAUUAGUUAUGGAAUAUGCCGAUUCUGGUACUCUUAGAGAUUAUUUAAAGAAAAAUUUCAAUAAUCUUACCUGGAAUAAUAAAUAUAACUUAGCCUACCAGUUAGCCUGUGCUGUGUCAUGCUUACAUAAUGAAGAGAUAGUACAUCGUGAUUUGCAUUCAAAUAAUAUAUUGGUUCAUAGAAACACAAUAAAGGUAGCCGAUUUUGGGUUGUCAAAAAGAAUUGGAUCAUCGUCCAAACAAUCAAAAUUAUUCGGAAUGAUUCCUUACGUUGAUCCAAAAAGAUUAGGACGAAAAAAAAAUAAAAAUUCAACACAAUCCUCAUUUAAUGAAAAGAGCGAUAUUUACAGUGUUGGAGUACUGUUAUGGGAAAUAUCUAGCGGAAAACCUCCCUUUUCUACUGAAGAAUAUGAUCUUGAUUUGGCUAUAGAAAUUAAAGAAGGUCUUAGAGAAGAUCCUAUUCCUGAUACACCUGAAAAUUAUAUAGAACUUUAUACUGGUUGUUGGGAUGGAGAGCCUGAUAAUCGUCCAACUAUUGACCAGGUGGUAGAAAAAUUAAAAGCAAUGAUUAUAAAAACAAGCAUGAUAACAGAAAAUCACCAAAUUAAAUCAGAUCUUCAAUUAUCAAAUGAGCAAGAUAUUAAUCCAACUAAUGUUAAUACUUCUUCUAGUGUCAGUAAUUCAUACCAUGGGGAAUUGUCUCAAAUUAUUCAUAAUUUUGAUAAAAUGAAUACAAAAGAAAUAUCAGCAAAUGAACAAAUAAUUAAUGAAAGUAUUUUAUCUGAAAAGAAUUUAAGUAAAAUAAUUAAUGAAAUAGUAAAAUUUAUCUUUAAAUUGGUUAAUGUAGGAAAAACUUCAUACGAAUAUAUUUUUGGUUAUUUUGAUAGUCGUAAUAUAAAAUCACAAGAAAUUUAUGAUUGGUUGAUAGAUAAUCAUAAUAAUUUGGAUUCUAUUUUCUUACUUGGAUACUUUAAUUAUUAUGGAAUUGAAACUACUAGUAGUAGUAUAAAUCCUAAUCAAGCAUUUAAUUUAUUUGAUAAGGCAUCAAAGCAAGAUCAUAUAUUGUCACAAUAUUUUGUUGGAUUAUGUUAUGAAUAUGGAUAUGGAACCGAAAAAAAUGAAAAGCUAGCUUUUGAAUAUUAUGAAAAGGUAGCUAGUAAGGAUUUUGCAUCGGGAAUAAUCAAAAUUGGUUAUUUUUAUAACAAUGGUAUAGAGGUUAAAAAAAACUUAAAAAGAGCUGAUUAUUUAUAUGAAAAAGCAGCAAAGUUAGGAAAUAGUAUGGCUCAACAUAACCUUUCUGUAUUACGUAUAAAUGGAGAAGGGAUUGAUAAAGAUUAUAAUAAAGCUUUUAAAUUAUCAAAACAAUCAGCUGAAGGAGAAUGUAAGGAGGGAUUUAGAGUAUUAGGAUUUUGUUAUAGUUGCGGAAUUGGAACUAGUGUUAAUAAACAAAGAGCAUUUGAAUUAUAUCAAAAAGCAGCAGAUUUAGGAGAUAUGUAUGCUCAAUAUAAUCUUGGUAAUAUGUAUGAAAAUGGGGAUGGAAUUGAGAAAGAUAUAAAUAAAGCAAUUUACUGGACUGAAAAAUCCGCUAAACAAGGACAUCAAGGUGCUCAAAAUAGAUUGAAAAACUUAAAGUAA